UUUCUAAGCCUCUCUUCACUCCAUAGAAUUAGCAACGAAACCACCAUAUGAAUCUCAUGAACUCCCAAAACCAAAAGCAUCAGUCAUCGAAACACAACAAGAAGAGGCUAACACAAGACCAAGUGAGGCUCCUAGAGACCAGCUUUAGCUCCAGCAAGAAGCUCGAGCCCGAGCGCAAGCUCCGGCUAGUACAGGAGCUGGGUAUUCCUCCCAGACAAAUCGCCAUUUGGUACCAAAACAAGCGAGCCAGAUGGAAGGCUCAAAAGCUUGAGCUUGAUUACGGUACUCUCCAGCUAAGGCUUGGAACUGCAUUAGCCGAGAAAAGAAGGCUUGAAAAAGAAGUUGAGCGGCUAGGAAGAGAGUUGGAGGAGGCACACAUGGUGUUGCUCUCUUUAAAGCAACCACCACCAAAGUCAUCACCGCCACUGCCGCCACCACCACCACCACCACCACCGGUUUCUUGUCUCUCUAGCUGCUCUAGCUUGCAUGAGGGUCAUGUGAGUUGUUGUUGUUGGGUGAAUAAUGAGGCUUUGCAGCUUGAGGAGCUAUAUGCUUGUUUGACUGGUGCAGAUGGGUCAAAUUGCGCAUAAACACAAAUCACUAUUUGUGUCUCGGGGACGGGAUUAGAGAUCUUUUGUCCUUAAAAUUUCAGUCAUCCAUCUUUAAUAUAUGUUUAAGUGACUUAAAUUUCAAAACAUGAUCAGGCAUGCUAUUGAGAGGAUGUUAGAGAUAGAUGGAGAGAUUUUGAAACAGAUAAUCUCUUACUCAAGAAAUAUCUGUAUGUGAAAAUUUUCUCCAAGUUUAAUUUCCAUAUUAACUUUUGUUCAGAAUAUUUCAUGUAAAUUUCUCUCAUAUGGAGAGUAGUUUAGUUGAUUGUGUAUAAAUUUUUUAGUGUUAUUGUAUUUGGUUGAAAUAAUUGCGAGGAAUCCUUUGCAACCAAAUGGUAUGAAUUAAU